UGUCUAUCUCAUUUUUUUACGUUUUUCACUUUUUAAUGUAGGUAGAUUUAAAGUUUAAUUUGGCUUGGCCUACUCAGGCACAUAUCUCAAAAUUCACAAAAUUGUUGUAGUUAUUCGCUAUAGAAAUUCCAUCUAAGUUAAGAGCACGUGUAUUAUUCUGCCAAUACUGUUUAUCUCUUUUCCAUUGCGGCUGUACCUCGCCGCAUCUAGCGUGAGACUGACAAAUUGGCAAGUGGCAGGGCCCGGCAGUGCGUGCGGUUCGAGGAUGCGACAGUGAUAGAUUAGAAAGAGACAGUUUAUUGUAUUCAAAAGUAGCAAAGGAGUAGUUUCAGUUGUUCGCUAGAGUUUCGACAAGUUUAGUAGUAAAAUGGCUAAUCGGUUUAAGGGAUUUAGAUCAAACAUGAUCUUGAGUCUACUGAAGGCUGAACAUGAACCUAAUAAUGUUGGACGUGACGAUAAUACAACAAAAAACAUAAAACCUGAAUCCUCUGCACUAACACAUAAUAAAAACUUUGAUCCACCUAUGAAACAAAUUGUUAUAGAUAAGCAUGAGCGUAUUCUUCUGGAAAAACAAAAUAUUUUCAGAAUCUGUUUAAAAAAUCCGAAAUCUUUAUCAUUAAGUGAUUUAACUCAAGAUGACCAGAAACAGUCUACCAAAAGACCACUGUCUGCGCCUCCGGAAGCUAUAAUAUUAGACUAUUCCUGUGUAAGCCCUUCAAUUGCAUUUGACUUUUAUUUUAAUGAUUACCCACAAGUUAAUGAAGAACCACAGGUGCAAAAUAUAAAUGAAAGUACAACAGACUGUGAAACAAGUGAAGAUGAUUACGGAAAAGUUAAUGAAGGCCGAAAACGUCGUAAUAUAGCGAAAAAAGAUGAAUGGAAAAAACUUGCAGCACAAAGAAAAAGAAUGCGCGGCGAAGAAUAUUUAGGGUAUUCAAAGCCUCGAAACGAGAAAAUGCGGCAAGACCAGAUACGACCAGCUAAGCAAAUGGGUGAUGCAUGCACUUCGGACUUUUGCAGAAGAAGCAAAUUCAGAGGUUGUAAUAAUUUUGAAGAAGACACACGCAAAUCCAUUCAUAGUUACUUCUGGAAACAUCUUAAUUGGGGCGAAAGAAAAAUGUAUGUCAGAGGACUUGUAAACCGUACUAGGACUACUCAGAAAACGAAAGGUGAAGAACCUUCUCGUCGAGAGGGCACAUUAAGUUAUUUUUUGCCUAAACCAGGGAAUGAAGGUAAAAUUCAAGUUUGUAAGCAAAUGUUCUUGAAUACUCUGUCACUGAAGCCUACCACUGUUCAGCUGUGGGUAAAAGACGCUAGUUUCAAUGAGGACACAGCAAAUCAGGAGAAUAGCCAGGUAAAUAGACAAAAUGCAAAGAUGGUAGCCUUAAAUGACUAUUUUAAAAGUAUCCCAAAAAUGCCAUCACAUUAUGCUCGUAAGGAUACUAGAAAACUAUACUUGGAGCCUGUAUAUCGUACUAUAUCUGAUGUAUUUAACGCCUACAAACAACAUUGCAAUGACAUAAAUAUACCUGCUGUAUCUAGAUACACAUUUGAUAGAAGUUUUAAACAAAAUAAUUUAUCAAUAUAUACUUUGAAAAAAGAUAUGUGUGAUAUUUGUCUUGGCCAUAAUGAAGGUAAUAUUGAUGAGCAUAUUUAUCAAGAGCAUCUUAUAAAAAAAAAUAGAGCCAGGGAAGAAAAGGCAAAGGAUAAAGAGGAUGCAGCAAUGGGACAUUGCAUUUUAUUAACGAUGGACCUAGAAUCGGUUAAAGUUUGCCCUUACUCCACGGCUAGCGCUUUAUACUUUAAAACGAAAUUGACAUGCCAUAAUUUUACACUCUUUGAUUUGAUUUCACGCCAUUGCACAUGUUACUGGUUCACAGAAACGGCAGCAGACCUUACUGCGAGUACAUUCGCGUCAUUUGUGAUAGACUACUUAGAGCGCCAUUGUCUACCGAAGAAAUUGCCAAUAAUUAUUUAUUCCGAUGGUUGUACUUACCAAAAUCGGAACGUUAUAAUGGCAAAUGCGCUUUUGAACUUAAGUAUAAAGCACAAAAUCACCAUCACCCAAAAGUUCCUCGAACGUGGUCACACUCAAAUGGAGUGUGAUUCGGUUCACAGUGCGAUUGAACGGAAGCUCUCAAAUCGUGUUAUUCAUUUGCCAUGUGAUUAUGUUUCGGUAACUAAAGAAGCAAGAGCAUCAAAUCCUUACGAAGUAAUUCAGAUUGACCAUAGUUUUGUGAAAAAUUAUGCCGAUACAUCUACUUGGCUUUACAAAACUAUAAGGCCAGGACGCAAAGCUGGUGACCCUACUGUAACAGACUUAAGAGCUAUUCUUUACAACCAAGAAGACACUAUUCAAGUAAAACUACAUUUCGACCAGGAUUGGUUUGCCUUGCCACAAAGACCAAAAAGAUAUAACCCCGACGUGUCUUAUUCGACCUUAAAUGAAAAUAUGAUUCCCAUAACUGCCUCGAAGUACCAGCACCUCCAAGAGCUCAAACAAGUUCUACCAAAUGAAUGUCAUAAUUUUUAUGAUACACUGCCCCAUUUGUAGUACGUGUGUGUGUGUCAGUGUAUUUGUUGUUUGUUUCUGUUUUUACUAAAAAUUUAAAGUAUUUUUUAG